AUGGCUCCUAUCACCAAGACCCUUGCCCUCGCUGGCGCUCUCUACUCUGCCUUCGGUUUCGCUGCUCCUGUUGACAAGCGCGCCGUUGUGUGGGAGACCGUCACUGACAUCGUCUGGACUACCAUUGAUGUCACCACCACUCUUUACCCCGAGCAGCUUGACGCUGCUACUGCUACUGUCGUCCCUGUGACCACCACUGCUCCCGCCGUUGCUGCUGUCACCACCACCGCCGCCGCCCGGGCCGCUCAGGUCGAGAAGCAGCCCGCCCAGGUCGAGGAACAGCCCGCCGAGGCUAAGACCACUUCUACCUCCACCUCCAGCACUUCCACCGCGACUCCCGCUCCCGCUCCCACCGAGCAGACCACCCAGGCUCCCGCUCCCGUUGAGACCACCAGCAGCGCUGCUCCCACCACCACUGAGGCUGCCCCUGCUGCUGCCAGCUCCAGCACCACUGAGUCCACCGCUUCCACCUCCAGCUCCGGCUACUCCGGCUCCUGCUCUGAGGGCUCGCCCUGCACCGGCCAGAUGACCUACUACGACACCGCUACUUCCUCGUCCAACCCCAGCUCCUGUGGCACCACCAACGAUGGCGAGACUGAGCUCGUUCUCGCCCUGCCCGUCGGCAUCAUGACCGACGGCGACUGUGGCAAGACCGUCACCAUCGAGUACAACGGCGUCACCAAGACCGGCACGGUCGUCGACAAGUGCAUGGGCUGCGACAACGGCUCCGUCGACCUUUCUCGCGCCUUCUUCGAGGCCUUCGCCUCUCUCUCCGAGGGCCGUCUCUCCGAUGCCACCUGGUACAUCAACUAA